AUGGAUCCACACGAUCAGGCACGUCUUCUCAGGCUUCACCACAGCGGGCAUGGCCAAACCUUCAGAAGCAGCGACAUCUCGAUCUACAAUGCUGACGCCAACAUCACUCCAUCCGCAGCUCAGCUCGCAGCCCCUCCAGCCAACUGGUUGAAUCAGAGGGAUGCCACAAGCAACAGCGUGGCAAAGUCGCCAACGACUUACCCCCGUCCACCGGUCACGAAUGUCGACUCUCUCACCACACAUCGGGGUACAAAGUCCCCAGCCUCGCAGGACUCGUGA